AAUAGAUAGCAGUGAUGAUGAUAUCACGUGAUAUAUCAUUGAAUACAUUCAAUGUUUACAUUGAUUGAAGAAUCACUACAAACAACACAAGCAAUCGAUACACCGAUAAAGUGAUUGCAUUGUUAUUAUUGCUGUUGUCUUCAGCACCUGUUUGUGGUGAUCAUCACUGACACCAACACACACACACCCAGAGUGUUCACUGACAAAGACAUCAAAUCAUUUAUUAUUAUUAUUUAAUUAGUAAAUUAGUUGACAACAAAUCAGUUGACAAACAAAAAAUAUGAGUACAAAUCACUAAUGAAUUUCAUCACCGAUUGAUUUGCAUCUCUUGAGAAAAUCAUUUGGUAGAGACCAUCGGUGGUCAACAUUUAUGGUGGUGUCUAUAGACGCCAAACAAAAUGUUGGACAUCGAUUUUUACGAGUUGUUUCGACCGACGGCCACAGGCGAUGCCGGUCAAUUGGYAGCAACCGGCGGCAAUGGCAAGAAAUCRCCCGAAAAAACGGCCAAAGGACCGAAAGGUAAACACCAGAAGAAACAGUCGAUGUCAGAGAUACGCGAUAUGGCGUCCGGUAUAUUGAGAAAAAUGCUCGACAAGAAGUGUUGGCCGCCGACUGUGUCCCCAUUGCUUACCGAUUUGCCGCUYAAAUGCAMUGAGUCGCCCAUCAUCGACAUCAAGACAAGCGCCUCCGAGUUUGCWGUAUUUGCUGCCAUUCGUCAGGAAGUGAUUCGCAAACAACUGAAACACUCGGCACUUGUCUAUAGUUCAACCAUUGGCCGCAAUUUAGGAACUGAUAAUGAUAGCGAAGAGGAUGUCAAUGAUAACAAACAAAAGGAUGUUUUAAUGAAGGUACCUAAAGUAGUAACAUUGGGUCUUAGUGUGGCCUUCGAGUUGAUCCGUGAGUCGAGACAAUGUUUGCCAACUUUAUGUAUUCGCGCUCUUCAGGCUCUACUCAAUGCACUUCAAGGACAACAACCUGAAGCACUGAAAAACGAACCGUCAGAUGUGAUAAAUCCAUUGUUUGAUCUAUUAUUGGAUUUGUCGUCAAUUGAAACUACAUAUCACGAUACUACCGGUACAACAGCUUCGUCAUCAACAUCUGUGUCCAAUAAUCAGACAUUUGUUGAGCUUCGGUCGUACGCCUGUUCGGCGUUACUUAGUUUAGUUACGGCCAGAGGUGACACCGAUAAGACUUUGAAAGCUAUUACAGCUUUGCUAACGACUCCACAUUUAGGCGGCGAUAGCGAUAUCAUCGAAACGCCAAAUAUAUUGAUAUCACUUCAACGUUCAGUGCAUUGUGUUUUGUUAGGCAAAACCAGACUUCCYGAUUGGCUGAGUCACGGAUUCAGUGCUAACUCUUUGUGCGACACAUUUAAUGUAGGAAUUCCUCAGCAAACGAGUAAACAUUUUAAAGAGUCAUCGCUUGCUUUUGAUGGCAAAUAUCUGUAUUUAUAUAGUGGUAAUCAAAUACAUAAAGUAGGUUCGGGUUAUUGCGGUACAGUUAAGGGUCAACUGGUUCACAGCAAUAGUAUUGGARCSCAUAAAAGUCAAAGUGGACUAAUCGGUUGGAUUGGAUAUAUUGGUAACAGUCUAUACAUGCAGACUAACAACUGGACAAAUAACGAACUGAUCCGUUUGGAUAAGAAUACUCUGAAAGAAUUAGGAAAAGUAGCACUCGGUGUAUCACAAUUAGGUCCCAGUGCUUGUGCUUCUGAUAGUGAAAGUCUUAUUUUAAUAACGGCAACAAAAGAUGAUUGUUUUGCCAUUAGAACUCUUAAACCAUCGCUUGACAUGACAUCUAAUCUGAUGAAUAUCACUCAAGAGAUAACUAUAAAGUUGUCGCAUAAGUGUCUGAGUACUUGUGGUGGCAUUGGUUCUGCUAUUUUUGAUCAACCGGUAGUUGCAAAUGAACCACAAGUUAAUCAACAAAUGUUGAGACCUAUUGAAAGUAUUGAUUGCGAAGAUAUUGUUCAGAUUUGUUGCGGAAAAGAUUUUUCACUGAUUCGCACGCUUUCGGGUAAAGUGUUUUUCAUGGGUAAAGCUCAGAGUUUAGGUAUUAAACAAAGUGCCGCAACUUUCGGUAAAUGGACAGAAUUGCCGAUUAGUAAGUCGCCGAAGAUUUCACAUAUCAGUGUCGGUCACGAAGGCUCACAUGCACUGUUGGUCUCUGAUGACGGAUCAGUUUAUUUCGUUGGUUUAGCCAAACGUGGAGAAGAUGGAGAACAGACUAAAAGUCGUCGUCAACCGAAAGCGGGAAAACCAAAGAAAAUAUUGAAAAUGGAAGGAAAGUCUAUAGAUUAUAGUGCCUGUAAUCACGGGUCGAGUGCUAUGGUCACCAAAAAUGGGGAAUUAUAUCUGUUUGGCAAAGAUGCACAUUAUGUGGACAGAAAUACAGGUUUAGUGACACCAUUGAAGAAUGUGUUUAUAUCACAGGUUGCCAUUGGAAAGGCACAUAUUCUGGCCCUUUCAACAAAAGGAACGGUCUAUACGUUCGGAAUAUCCAAUAAGGGUCAGUGCGGUCUCGAUUUGAUGCAAACGUCAUCGACAAAUAAGGAAGUCCUGUGUGAAGACGUUGACGAACGAAUCAAUGAUCAACAAAUCGAUGUCACAGAAGAUAUAACAGAACCGUUGUGUGCGUUAGGACAACACCGAUGGAGAUAUGAUCAGUGCAUGAUUUGUACGCUUUGUGGUGAAUGUACCGGUUAUGGGACGGCAUGUAUAGCCAGUGGAAAGAGUGAACGUAAUCCGGGAAUGUCAUGUGGUUGCGGUGCCGGUGACGCCGGUUGUAUAGACUGUGGCUGUUGUCGCGCGUGUGAAGCCGUAUCCCGUGAAUCAUUCGGUGCCAAUGAGAAUAACGAGUCGCCGCUAAUGCCGUUAAAUGAGAUGGCAUUCAAUGCGGCACAUCUUAACUAUGAAUUACAACCGCUUAGAGAUGAGGUUCAGAAAUUUGCGGCCGCUUUUGCUAUGAUUGAUCCGGGAAUUAACGAAGCAAUGCCCGGGGCUUAUAUGCCGGCCAAUGAACCGGUUUAUGAUGAGCCACACUUGAAUCGGGCAGCUUUCAGGGCUGCUAUCAAUCCACGAAGUGAACGACGAAAAAUAGCCAUCGAUGUACUCGGAAGACGGUUUCGUCAUACAGUCAAAGUCUUCAAGAAAGGUGUACCGGUUGGCGGUCGAGGACAGGAAGUAAUGGGCGAACAAUCAGAAGCUCCGCAUUUGGAUGUAAUUGAUAAGCAUGUGUCAAAUAUUAUUAGUUUGGAUAUGAGUGACGCCGGCAGCGAUGGCGAGGCUUCAAAACUGACACAAUUGCCGCCAACUAAGCUAAACCUACCGAAUCGGGUCAUUCAAAUAGCUUGUGGUUUACAUCAUUCAGUGCUAUUGACUUCAUCGGGUGAUGUGUUAACAUUUGGUAGCAACCAAUACGGCCAACUCGGACACAACGAUUUUAUUAUUAGAGAAGUGCCCACAAAAAUAUUUAUCAAAUCAAAUAUCAUACAAAUAGCCGCCGGAAGCAAUCAUACCGUUUUGUUAAGCUCUACGGGACAGGUAUACACAUUUGGCAACAAUCAAAAGGGACAGUUGGGACGCAAUCCGUCCAAUGAAUACGGAUGGAAUGCUAUGCCGGGUACUAUACCCAACAUUGGCCAACAAUUUGGUCGCAGAGCGACAUAUAUAACAGCUUCUGGUGAUCACACGUUUAUCAAAUACGAUGAAUCUCUUAUAAAUCCAUUAUCAUUGUCAUCGUCUCGAGUCAUAGCCAACAGGCGUUGUAUUGCAAUCAUUCCGUCGAGCGCUGAGAUGAUGGCCUCGACUAAAGAUAACAGAUAUGAACGUCAAUUCAAUUCACUAGUCAUUAAUCGAUUGGACGGCACGUGUAAAACCUUUAGUUCAUCGGAUCAGUUGGAAUUGUUUAACUUUUCCGCCGUUUGUUUAGACAACUAUUACGAUGUCCUUUGGACCUAUGAUUCCAAGAAUCAUUCGUUCAAUAGAUAUAAUCUAAUCUAUUCUGAAACAAAAAUACCGAACCAAUCGCAGUCAAUGACAGCCAUUUUAUUACCCGAAUUAGCACUUCCACAGAAGGCGUCAACACUUAUCGAUAGGAGUACCGCUGCUCUCAACCUAUUAUGCACUUUGGAUACAUUGACGACAGCACAUCAAUUGGGUUGUACCAUUGAAGAGGUGGAUCAAAGUAAGAACAAAGUUUGCAAACCGUUAACUAAAGAUGACUAUUCAUCAGUUUGUCGUUUUGAGAGUCACGGAGGAGGUUGGGGUUUUUCUAGUCAUUCGAUAGAAGCGAUUAGAUUUAUGGCCGACACAGACAUAUUGUUAGGAGGGUUUGGUUUGUUUGGUGGUCGCGGCGAAUAUACGGCAAAAUUAAAACUGUUUGAUAUCGGACCGGAUGGCGGGGAACAAGAGGGUGACGGAGAGAUAUUAACCGAAACCGAUGAGAUAUCAUUCGAGUGCGCCGCCAGACAAAAGUAUCCGAUACUAUUUGAAGAGCCGCUACCACUUCAAGCAAAUAAAUGGUAUGUCGCGUGGGCUCGCAUUUCUGGUCCAAGUAGUGAUUGUGGAUCAAGUGGUCAGUCAGUAGUGAAUACAGAAGAUCAGGUUGUCUUCUAUUUCAAGAGCUCUAAAAAGUCUAACAAUGGAACCGAUGUAAAUGCGGGACAAAUACCACAACUGCUCUAUAAAGUGAUGUCAACAGGAAUUGAAUCGUCGAGUCGUUUCUCAAACCGCAAUGAAACCAACGACUUAUACGAAGAAUCCAUUUGUAUAGUUAGUAAAGAUUUUUCAUUAACCGUUAAAACGGAAUGCUUUCAAUCGCUUCUGAAACUAUUGCGAUGGAGUUGGAAGUCAUUUAAAUCAAUUGUUUGUGAUAUGAGUCGCACCGGUAGUACGGAAUAUAGCGAUUCAAUGGGUGAUAAUGUGAUACAAUUGAAGCACUUGACGUACAUUUGUUGUUCGGCACUUCAUUUGCUUAAUGUCUAUAUUAACGAAAUCUAUCCAAACCGUCACAAUCCGGGCAAAAGUAUUACCCAAAUGAACGACUGGUUACGACUGGCCGAAUGCAUAUACGAAGUGAGGACACAGUUGAAGCACAUACUGUCGUCACCACCCGAACCACCGCCACGUAAUCAUUCGUUUACCGGUGAAGUGAAUGCUUUUGUAUCGCAAAUUAUGGACGAAAGUCACGAAACAUUCCUCUCGUGUUACCAUUCCUUCUAUCCGAACGGUUCGCUCAGAUGGCGAGCGCUUUGCGAUCUUUUGCUUAACGACGACAAUAGGUUAUCGCAAAAGUUUUGUUCCUAUUUAUUGUCUGCAAUGUUAGCCGCUUUGUGUCGACCGUGUGUUCGCUUAACCCAAACGUUUCCCAUUAUGAAUGGUUUGGAUGUCUAUAAUCUUCAGAGUCCUUCUGAACUUCAGAGUCCUAUUUCUGAUUUAGGCAUAAGUUAUGAGAAUUCUGUAUUAAACGAAAAAAUUCAGGAAAAGACUGACGAAGAAGGGUGUCAUUCGGGAACUGAGUGUUCAUUUCGUGAUAUUUUCAAUAAUUUGCUUAAAAUAAUCGGUCAACCGAUUAGGUAUAGUCUACAACAAGAGAGCAAUACAUUGGACAUGGAUUUAGAAUCAGAAAUAGAGUCCGACAACAGUUAUACACAAUUAGUCGAGAAUUCGUGUAAUCUUAUCAUAACAAUUAUGUCUGAAUUGGUGGCUCAGGUGACUGGAAUCGGGUUUGACUCACACGUGAUGAGUGGCCAACAAUUACAUUUAACUCCGUCCAGAUUUUCGCGUAUUUCACAGAACAGGACGUGGAAUACAGGCAAUGGAUCUCCCGAUGCUAUUUGUUUUUCAGUAGACAGAGCAGGCAUUUCUAUUGCUGGUAUUACAGUUUAUGGAGGUAUUGGUAAUGAAUGGCACUAUGAACUGGAAUUACUUGAUUAUAAUGGAGUUGCCGUUCACGACGAUAAGUCAUUAUCACGCGAUGGACAGUCACACUCAUGGCGUACCAUAGAGUUAGUGAAAGGCACCUAUAGUUUUGAAGAUAAAUCCAGUGAUGUCUGUGAAAUGAAAUUCGACAGAUCAGUAUUGAUUGCACCAAAUGUUAAGUAUGCCAUACGUCUCAAAAAUCACGGCCCGCGCACUAACAACGGUGACGCCGGACUCACACAUAUCAGAGGAGUCGACGGAACAACCUUUACGUUCAGUGACUGUUCGCUAAGUUUUAACGGAACUAAUCAUACGAGAGGACAAAUACCACAGAUUCUAUACUAUAGUACCCCUCAGUCUAGUAAAAGUGAUUCAAAACAUUUUGUUAUUAAUGAAGAAAUUCCCCGCAAAAAUGCCAUCGCUAUCACCGAAAGUGUUAUCUCAUUAACUGUAGAUCUGUUACUUCAGGCCCAGGAGUGUCCAUCAGUUGAUCUCAUUUGGAAGAUCUCUUCAUCGCUUUUGAUUAAAAAGUUGUUGCCAUCACUUCUCAACUAUUUAUCUCCAGUUGUUUCAACUGACACCAAGAGUGCAAUACAAAUAUUAUCAACAAUCAGACAAUUAGUGCCAUUAGUUGUGUUUCUAAACAAAUCUAACGACUUCUGUGCAAUCAAUCAAUCAUCUCCUUUACCGCCAUCGAGUCCACCGAUAACAACAUCCAGACAUUAUGUGACUGUAGAGAGUGAUCAUCCGUAUAAAUCAGCGACUGUUUGCAAUUAUUUGGUUAAGUUUGCGCCGACAGUAAAGUGGAUGUGCAUAGAAUUUGACAGCCGAUGCGCGACCGCUCAACCGGAAGAUAUACUUCAGAUGUAUAUUCCUGAAUAUCGACUGACAAAGUGUUGGGAGUCAUCAAAAACUACAAAAUAUUACGAUAAUAACAAAAGCUUAUGGCCUGUGCUUAAAAAGUUUUCAGGAAAGUCUAGUAAUUGGCCGACAAAUUCAGUGGUAAUUCCAGGCAAUGAAAUGAUAUUUUCAUUGGAAACGGCAUCCGAUUACGUGAAAGAAGAUAAAAGUCUUUACUAUGGAUUUAGAGCUCAAGUGAUUGGUUACGAAAAUCCGUUAACUGAAGGCUUAUAUUUAGGUCUACAGUAUUUGGAACAGGAGUUGACUUAUUUGUCCGGUAUUUGUAUUAAAACACUUUUGAAGAAAAAUCUCAUUUUCCCACAAAAUCCGAUUGAAUCGGAAGUCAAAUACGAAUCAAUUCUACAGACAUUUGAAGCGCAUUCAAGUUUGUUAAGCAAAGGUUUAGCACUUUCACGAACUAUGACCGCCACCGAAGCUAUCGAUGAUGUCAUACCUGUCGCUAAUGAACAUCCGUUUCUCAAAGAUUUUAUUUGUUUAACUCCCGGUACGUCCGGCGCCCGACUCGCCAAAUGGUUUCAAAGCGAAUCGUUUGUUGAUCCAAAUCAAUGUGAAGUGCACUGUAGUUGUGGUACAGAUCAGGAACUGCAAUGCGGUUGGCCUACUGUUAUCACUGUCAUCACUCGUGACCAAUACGGACAUAUAGUUAGUGUACCGAAUCUUAAGGUUGAAGUUAGCGCUCAGCCGUUUAAGAAUAACUCGGAAACGGAAUCCAAUACGGAAUCGACAACCGAUUUGUCUAAUGGACCACCCGUUCAAUCAGUGAAUUAUAGUAUUACAGUUAAAGAUAAGGUGUUUUAUCACGCAAUAACAAUGAUGAGACAAUUUGAAAACUACUCGUUCGAAGAGCUCCGAUAUGUGACACCUGUUAAGCGACCCAUAAUUGAGACAAUGCUUGUCCGAAGCAAUAACGAUGGCACUUAUACAGCCAAUUGGUCGCCCGCUUCGAGCGGUUGGUAUCAAUUGAAGAUUACAGUGGACGGCGUCAAUGUGAAUACAACCCAAUCGGUACACGUCGGCAAACCGCCGAAAGGUGCAACACUGCCACAAACCGAUCAAUUGUCAGACAAAUUGAACAAAAAGUUUAUGCCGUCGCGAACCCGAAAGUUCGUUGUCCGCAAUAGUUCCGGAUUACGUGUUCGAUCGUUGCCGUCACUACAGGCCGAACAGAUCGGAUUAAUUGAAGUCAAUGGUAUCAUAACAAUCAAUGAUGAACUACAUAAUGAUGACGGUGUUUGGGUUCGGCUUAGUAGCGAAAGUGUUCAAAAGUAUUGCAAUACAUCUACUGCUGACCAUAACAUAGAAGGCUGGUCAUUGCAAUACAAUCAACAUUUGGCCAAAACAUUAUUGGURCCCAUCGGCGAACCCAAACCUAUUGUUGYCAACGGUGGCAGUAGUUUAAGUGAUAUACAAAAUACUCGAAAAUUAUCUAUCGAUUUGAUUUCAAAAAAGAGGAAAAAGAAGUCUCGAGAGGCGACAAAUAAGCGAAUUGAUUAUCCGGGAUAUUAUCAUGUCGUCAAAUGCGGUGUCUCCGGUCAUAACAUUAGGAGUUCUCCUUACUUGCGGGCGCCGCCUAUUGGUAUGGUUGUAUUGGGCAAUGUUGUGGGAGUCAUAGCUCAUACGUGCAACUCAUCGGGAACUUGGCUCAGACUUGACGAGGAAAGUCUGAGACGAUUUUGUUUUAAUACCGACGGUGAGGGCUGGACAUUGGCGCGCACUGUCAAUGACGUGACUUAUUUGCAACACGAAUCCGAAGUGAUGCACAUAACCGAUGAGGAAGACUAUGAGUACAAAGGCUAUCAUUAUUUAGGCCAUAAAUCUACUGAUACUAAUGUCAAAUCUAUUACAAGUAGUUAUCAACCGCCUCCGCCAUAUGUAAGUCCUUCCAAUGAGGACCGAUCUUCACCAACAAAUGCCUGCUCACUAUCACAGUCACAACAUAUUGAUAAAUCAUUGUCAUCACUGAAAGACCAAACAAGUAUUAGUCAAUCGUUGGCCACUGAGUCUGAAGUAGAAUCAAUUCCAGUGGACUCUUCAAUAAAUUCGCCAUCAAUUUUAUCCAACACCGUAUCCGAUGGUAUGGAAUCUUAUAUUGAAAGUAUGAAAACGUCAAUUUCGAGUGGCAUUAGUUCGACCGGUACUCGAGUGGCAGCCAUUCAGAAAAAAUUUCUAACAGACUCGCAGUCUUCGACAACAGUUAGUCCAAAAAGAGUUGCAUCCGAGAGUCCAAUUCGCGAACCGCCGCCUGAAUUGCAAGGAAUCAAUGUUAAAGAGUUGGUUCGCGCCAUCAGUUGCGACAAAAGUCCUACACCUCCGUCGAGUCCUUUACGUCGGACGCCUAUUAGCUCAAGAAGUUCAUCGCCUAACGUAUCAGUUAGAGCUAACAGACGACAUACGACAACUGCCGUUCUAACUAAAAGCGGUGAAUCAAACCUUCAAACAUAUCCAAUAGAUAUCCGAGAAAAGUCUUGCGCACAGAAAGCCACUCAAACGAGUCCUCCACCCAAUGAGGGACUCCUAAUUCCACCGCAUUUUCUUCAAUUCAAAAUAAACGAUGAAAUUCAUGUGUCGCACAACAAACAAACAAAUAAUCCAAUGAAAGAUCAGUCAUUACCCACAACGUCGACAAAAUCGACGAAUCCGUUCAAGAAUUCGAUUAAUUCUCGUGAAUUGAAACUGAAGAAAGAGAAAAUACAUUUGAAUGGUAUUGGUUUAGAUGAUCAACAACAUCAUCAUCAUCAACAACAACAACAACAACAAAACUACCAACAAAAUGGACACCAAUCGACGGCAAAAGAGGCCAUUUCUAAUAGUGUGGCCGAAUGUCUGCGAUCGGUAUUCGCUGCCUUCAUAUGGCACGAGGGUAUACUUCACGACACUCUGGCCGCUGCUUCGUAUCUGAAAUUUAAUCCGGAAGUUACCAAAGAAACAGUGAAAUCAAUGGAAAACAACAUAUCUUUUGAUAGUCCCAUAAGAUUGCGAUCACACAACAGAUCCGAUAGUAAAGGCGGUGUCAGUCGUGAACAGAAGGCUCGGUUCAGACAUUCUGUAGAGGUUUCACAGUUGAGUGCUUUGCAAUACAAUGAAUGUUAUCUUAAUGCUAACAUUGAGAGCAAUAAAAACAAAAUUAUUUCUGAAACUGAUUUAUCUCAACAAGAAGUAAACGAUAGUUACGAAUCAAAUAUCAGUUGCGAACAGUUGAUGACCCAAUCGGAAGAGUCGGCCAAUGAUAAGCCUAUGAUUCCCGAAACGCUCGUAAAUUUGCUUAAGUUAUGGGAUAUUGUAUCGAAAGGAUGUCUAAAUGUCAUAUCAAAGCCACCAUCAACUAUGACUCCAUCAAACCCGACGGCACCGACAACUCCAGUACAGAUGUUUAACAGAAUUCAAAACAAUCAAAGAGUUGUUCAAUUAGUUUCCGAUGAAAUUAGUAAAUCACGAAACAAAACGCGACAACAAUAUAAUGAUUUCAUUGCAAACUUUGCGCCAAAAGGCUAUCCUAUGGUACGAUUCAUGGGAGCCGUUGCACAACAAGGAAACCUAUUUGGAGAGGCGGCUGCUAUGAUGGCUAAUGGAGGACCAAAUUUUGAUGGACACGACCAGAAUCAUACAUCAAUGUGUGAGUUAUGCGGCAAAAGUUACUCAUAUCCAGUGACACAUCAUAUGAGAAAAUCUCAUCCGGGAUGUGGAGAACACGCCGGAGGUAAGGGAUAUAACAGUUCCGGAUCUUAUUGUGGCGGUUGGGCCGGUCAUUGUGGCGAUGGAGGUAUCGGUAGUUCCAAUUGGUAUCUGAUUUGCGAUAAAUGUCGCGAAAAAUACGUAUCGCAAAAGCGUCAUCACAACAGUAAAGCAGAGCAGUCGUCAAAAUCGAGUAAACUUUUAGCCGCAGAACUGAAAGAACUUCCCUUAAGCUCUCCAUCCAAAGCCAAUAUAUCUUCGCCGACAAUACAUAUAGAAAGUCAUCAAAUAAUGAGAGAAAACUCAAUGUUUUUGUUGCGAAUGUCUGCUAAUAACGAUGUCAGCCCAAUGACCAAUGUAUUGAUGGCUAAUCGCAAAAGACAAUCACUCGAGUUUGGUGUCCAAAGUUCAGGCUUUCAAUGUUUAGAAAAUUUAGGUAUUCAUCACUCGAUAUACGAUCAAAGACUGGCCGAAGAACAUCUAUCGGAAGACGAUAUUAUUGCCAUUCAAUCGGGAAGAGAGUCUAAUCUGAUUGCAAACAGCGAUCUUUUGACUGCUAAUGAGGACUUACAAGAGAUGACAUCAAAAGGCGAAAACAAGUCAACAGCAAACAACUCCAGACAUAACUUUUGUCGAUCAGUUUCUGUUGGUAUACAUGACUGGAAUCAGGAAAAGGCUGUCUCGUCAACGGCUUCUCCCCGUAAACGUGCCGUCAGUAAUGAGAACUCCUGUACAACAUUUCUUUGUCAGCCGUCGGCGAAUCUGAUAAAUUUAGUUCAUUUGUGUUUUACUGACAAUCAAUCGUCUACUUUGGACACCAACUCAAUUGAUGCCAAUGUUAUGGCAGUAUUGAGUCGACCGAUAAUGGCAUUCAUAUUACAAACUCACGAUUUAAAUGGACUGAUGAUUGCUAUGAGAAGUGCACUCCGCAAGUCUUCGUGUCGGACAUUAGGUCUUCAGGCACUCAAUUGGUUGCUAAGAAAUGUGAGCCAACCGGUGGCCAUACAUGACUUGAUGUGGUUUUUCAUUGAUGCGUUGACAACGAAUGAUACGAUACAUAAAGUGCAGAACAAAGAGGAGACCGAAGAAAAUAUAGCCAACGGUGACGCUGUUGGAGACAAUGCUAUCAAUGCGGCCAACAAUAGAAUAUCUGUUGAGAAACGUAACGAAUCUGAAGUGAGUCAACACAAGAGUCAAACAGAUGUCUGUCACCACCCGUUGGCUGAUCUCACGAUUGCUGGCGAAGCGACUCAAGUGCUGAGACAGUCUUUUCAUUCAUUUCUUAGUACAGUUUCUGAGUUAAUGCCACUUUUGCCGAUGGGAUCACCACUUCAGCAAAUAGCAGUUCGCUGUUUUUGUCUUCAAUUCAAUGGUGAAGACCAUUCAUUUCUACACCAGUGUCACGUAUUUUCUAAUAUCAGUAAAAUUUUCGGUCGAAAUGAUGAGGAACAGAGUCCGACUAUUUUGGAUGAAUCGCAUCAAUCAAUGUUUAUACAUCCGGCUCUUGAAUCAUAUCAGGAUUUGACGUCUCAGAUGGAGAUCAAGGCUUCAUCCCGUCAGGCAAUGAUUGCCAGUUUGAAUGAUAACUCAACCGAAACAUUCUGGGAGUCGGGAGAUGAGGACAGGAAUAAAGCAAAAGUCAUAACAAUUAUUAAUAAUAACGACUUAAUGGAUGUGGCGAUCAAAUCGAUUUAUAUACACAUUGACAACGUUAGGGAUUUGGGGGCAAAGAUAUCUCAGGUGUCAUUCAAAUCGGGCGAUUCCAAUGCAUCCGAACCACAGAUGAUUAAACUCAAAGUGACAGAAGUGGACAAUCGGUUUGCCGGUUGGCUGUAUUGUGUUAUACCAUACAUGGAAUCGCGUUUAAAAUGUAUUCGCAUUGAACUCAAAGGACCCGACAAUACAUUGCGUUUGAGACAAAUCAAGAUUCUCGGCGCGAGUGUCGACAUAUCGCAAGAGAGACUCAAACCACCGAUAAGUUAUAUUCAGAUACAACAAACCAAUUGCGAGGCGGAAACACUUAAAGUGUUUCGUUUGCUUACAUCUCAGGUUUUCGGUAAACUCAUCACUGGUGAGGCAGAUUCGGACAGCGCUAAGAAUGAAUCUAAUAUUGGUUCGGGAGAACAGAUCGCCGAAAAUGGAAUCAAUGGUGCGGCUAAUGAUUUACGGGAGCAUAUGGUCGGCAUAUUAUUUAGUCAAUCGGGAAAAUUAACUCAUCUCCAGAAACAGGUGUGCGCACACAUAGUUCAGGCCAUUCGUGUGGAAGCUAUCCGACAGCGCGAGGAAUGGGAGACACUUCUCUGUUCAAAAUCAAUGUCGGUGUCAAUUGGCGGCGAAAUCCCAUCCGAUGCCUAUUGUUUUGAAAUGCUGUCAAUGGUGUUGGCAUUGAGCGGAUCCACAGUCGGUCGCCAAUACUUAGCGAUUCAAAAUGAUUUACUUCUCGAUCUCUUCUGUCUUCUUCAUACUGCUUCCGCUCGAGUCCAGCGACAAGUCAUAGCACUAUUGCGUCGAGUUUUGCCUGAAAUAAAACCAACAGAUUUUGGCAAAAUGUUUGGCGUUUCAUCGCUUCCUCCGAGAGAUAUCAUUAUAUCCAAUGAUAAAAACGAUUUUGAUAUUCAUUCCGUAGGAAUUCUAGACGUAUUCUUGGCCUGUAUUGCAAAGGCUCUAACCGUUCAGACAAAGUUUAAGGGAUCAGUUGGCGGAGCAAACAGUAAAAGUGUUACAACCAUAACGUUGGCCACUGCUAUACAUCCACGCGAUCUAUUAGGUGAUCGCUGGUGGCUUAGAGGCUGUCUGUCUCGCAAACUAUCGGAAUGUAUUAUAACACUACUUAAAGACAUGAGUGGCGGCAAACUGUCUGAAGCGUGGGCUGUCGUCACAAAGUCGGCCAUCGCUCAGAAUAUACUCAAUUUGACACUAAUUAAUGAACGCUUAAGAGCACCGACAGAAUGUAUAAAAACUCCUACUCUAUGGUUAGCAUUGGCCUCACUUUGUGUGUUAGAUGAAGAACAAGCGGAACGACUGUCUUCUAGUCAUUGGGUGACCACUGGAGACCAGGAGAAUGGGAACCAACAAUCAAGACCAUUCUGUGACAAUCACGACGACGGCGAAACUGCGGCUAUUAUUUUGUGUAACUCUUGCGGUAAUUUGUGCGCCGAAUGUGAUCGAUAUCUACAUCUUCACAGCAAAACUCGUUGCCAUCAAAGACAGAUAUUCAAAGAGGAAGAGGAGGCCAUUCGUGUAGAUCUUCAUGAAGGUUGUGGUCGAACCAAACUGUUUUGGGCGAUGGCUUUGGCCGACUCUAAGACACUUAAAGCAAUGGUUGAGUUUAAAGGAGACUCAAGUCGCACGAAAUCUUUGUCGACGUUGAGUAACGAGAAAUCAAUGUCAACACCAAUCACAGGUGUUUGUCGUUUUUGUGGAACCACUAGUAAUACUGGACUUCUGGCCAUUGGAAAUGUUUGCGGCGAAGCCGAGUGUCAAGAAUAUGCUAAGAAUGCGUGCUCUAAGAUGUUAUCGUGUGGUCAUCAGUGCGGAGGUGUUGCUAAUGAAGUUAAAUGUUUGCCGUGUCUUCAGGGUUGCGGCGCUCGACUAAAACAAGACGGCGACGAUAUGUGUAUGAUAUGCUUUUGUGAGGCCCUUUCGUGCGCUCCGGCCAUUCAACUAAACUGUGGACACCUGUUCCACUCGCACUGUACUAAAGCCGUACUCGAGAACGGUUGGUCGGGUCCACGAAUCAUAUUUUCCUUUUCGUUGUGUCCGAUCUGUAAGAGCCCUAUAGAUCACCCGUCACUGGAAGACCUGUUGGCACCGAUUCGUGUUCUGUACGACGACGUGCGUCGCAAAGCACUGAUGCGUCUCGAGUACGAAGGUCUGCACCGAUGCGAAGCCAUUACCGUAAGCGGUGGUCGUUUCUAUAAAGACGCGGCCAGUUAUGCGAUGGAACGAUACGCGUACUACGUGUGCCACAAGUGCAAGAAGGCCUACUACGGUGGCGAAGCCCGAUGUGAUGCCGAACUGGGCGUCGGCGACAACUACGACCCGACAGAGCUGGUGUGCGGCGGCUGUUCAGACGUAUCGCGCGCACAGAUGUGUCCCAAACACGGAACCGAUUUCCUGGAGUAUAAGUGUCGCUAUUGUUGUUCUGUUGCCGUAUUCUUCUGUUUCGGAACCACACACUUCUGCAAUCAAUGUCACGACGACUUUCAAAAGCUAACAAAUUUGCGUGAAUUUCCCAAAUGUCCGGCCGGUCCCAGAGGUAAACAACUGGAAGGCGACGAGUGUCCGCUUCAUGUGAAACAUCCGCCAACGGGUGAGGAGUUUGCACUCGGAUGUGGUGUCUGUAGGAAUGCCCAUACGUUUUGA